UCCGACACCAGCGGGUUUGAUUCCCGGCGAAAUGUGAUCCUGCAUUUGGCCCUUUAAUAGGAAUUAGGGAUAAACGUAGGGAAUGGGGAUUCACGUCAAGGAGGCACUGUCUCCUGACCUCUCUCUACGAGCACGAGAGUCACGGGGAACCUGAGUUAUACAGGACGAUACUACAGCAUGAAACGUUGACAGAAGAGGAAUAGUAGGAACAGGCUACAGUCAGAAAGUUAAUGAGAAUAGCAGCCGAGAGCCGUGAUGUGAUUUACCGGGCCACUUUACUACGCGAGGAAAGAGCGAGAGAGAGAGACUACAAAAUCACAAGGUCCGGGUCAGUCGGUUACCAGGCGACAGGGUCCAUCUGUCGGGCAGCGGUGCGGUCAACAUGGCAGACGUCUUGGAGAGUGGCAGGGCGGGUGGAGGCUCCGUAGUAGGAGCGGGUAGCGUGGAUUGGCAGAAGCGUUGUGUUGCCCUGGAGAUGCAGCUGCUCAGGUUUCGUCUGCAGGCGGGGAAGAUCCGAGAGCUGCUGGCCGAGAAGAUGCAGGAGUUGGAGCUGAGGGUGACAGAGUCUGACCAACGGGCUGAGAGGGCUAAGAAACAGAUCCAUGUCAUGGAAGAGAAGCUGAAACAUGCCAACGUACAACCCAGUGCCAACGUACAACCCAGUGCCAACGUACAACCCAGUGAAUCAGAGAACUCAGUGUUCAGAAGGUACCAGGACCUGACCAAUCAGGUGCAGGAGAAAGAUGCAGUGAUAAAGAGAUUAGAGGUGCAGCUGGAAAAACAGAUCUUAGUCAGAGCCCAGGAGGCUAAGAUCAUUGAGGAGAAGGCUGCUAAAAUCAAAGACUGGGUUACGUUUAAGCUACGAGAGAUGGAGAUUGAGAACCAGCAGCUGAAAAUGUCCAACCUGAAGCAGGCCGAACAGAUUAUGAUGCUGGAGGACAAACUGCAAGCUCUCCUGGAGAAGCCUUCAUCUCCCCUCCUCCCCACCUCUCCUUCCACAAACACCCACCAGGUACCCUCCAGCCCUCUGUACCCCUCAUGCUGUCCUGGGACCCCAACUGUCCAGGAGGAGACAGGCUGGGGGAGACAGACAGGUCCAGGGGAUAGAGCAGAGCAGCCCUGUAAACCCAGAGGAGACAGAGGAGACACAACAGGCCACGGCACUGUGACAGUAACCCUGCCAGACACUCCCUCUCUGGGUAGCAAGGGCAGGGAGGCUGGCGCUGGACCUAGUAGUCCUGUUCCAACCACUGGAGGCCAGGACCAACCACUAGGUAGCGCUACUCCCAGAGAUCACUCCUCGGACGAGCUCAACAGCAGGUUCCGCUCCCAACGUCUCCACUCUUCCUCCUCUUCCUCUUCCUCCUCCUCAUCUUCGUCUGCCUGUGAAACAACACACGGGGGUCCCAGGACCCCUGACAUCCCUACUUCCACCUCCACCCCCAAAAACCCUCUCCUCUGCCGCUCUCCAUCUAACUCCCACCCCUUCCAGACCCACACCCAGCCCCUGGCACUACCCUCCCAUACUGGGACCAGCAUGACCCUACCCAAGGUGCGGACCCCUCUGACCCCACGAGACAGCAUCCAGCUGCUGAAGAAACACUACAGUCAGCCCCAGCCUGGAGGUGUGGACCGGCUGCACCACCUCAACGUCCCCAGUCAGCCCCAGCCUGGAGGUGUGGACCGGCUACACCACCUCAACGUCCCCAGUCAGCCCCAGCCUGGAGGUGUGGACCGGCUGCACCACCUCAACGUCCCCAGUCAGCCCCAGCCUGGAGGUGUGGACCGGCUGCACCACCUCAACGUCCCCAGUCAGCCCCAACCUGGAGGUGUGGACCGGCUACACCACCCCAACGUCCCCAGUCAGCCCCAACCUGGAGGUGUGGACCGGCUGCACCACCUCAACGUCCCCAGUCAGCCCCAACCUGGAGGUGUGGACCGGCUGCACCACCCCAACGUCCCCAGUCAGCCCCAACCUGGAGGUGUGGACCGGCUGCACCACCUCAACGUCCCCAGUCAGCCCCAACCUGGAGGUGUGGACCGGCUGCACCACCCCAACGUCCCCAUAGACAUCAUGACUGCUUCCAGCACCCAGAGCCUUGCGUCUCCCUCCACCUGCAGUCACUUCCUGGUGGAGACAGAUAUAGAUGACGGGCUGCCUGACAGUAUGGAGGGAGUGGUAGAGGGGGCAGAGGGUCCUCCCCAGGAAGGAGUGUCGUUUGUUGGGUUGGCUGAGGGUCUGGAACUGCUGGAUCCGGAGGUUCUGAAACCCCCCACCCCGCCUCUUCACCGCUUCCCCUCCUGGGAGAGUCGUAUCUAUGAUGUGGCCAAGUCAGGGAUGACAGUAUCGGAGACGACCACAGGAGCCAGAGGUCCUGGUCCAGGAAAACCACAGUACCCUGCCGCAGGACCAUUCACUCACCUGAUUUACAAGAACAUCACUGUACCCGUGUAUACCACACUGAAAGGGAAAGCCACUCAGAUCAGCAGUGUGCCCCUGCAUGAUGAUGACUCUGGUUCGGAGGAUGACAGUGGCUCUCUGGCCAGCCUCAGGACCUCCACCCUGGGCCCAGAAAGGAAGGGCAGCACCCCCGGGAGCCCCCGUGCCGUCAAGAGGGGUGUGUCCAUGUCAUCCAUUAGCUCUGAAAGUGACUACGCCAUCCCUCCUGACGCCUACUCCCUGGAAUCUGACUACUCUGAGCCAGAACACAAAGUCCAGAGAACAUCUUCAUACUCCUGCGAGAGCCUGCGAGAGCCUGAGAUGCUGGAGAAGUCAGGCUACCUGCUGAAGAUGGGCAGUCAGGUUAAAGCCUGGAAGAGACGCUGGUUCAUCCUGAGGAACGGAGAGAUCUUCUACUACAAGUCUCCGAGCGAUGUAAUACGGAAGCCUCAGGGUCAGAUGGAGCUGAACUCUUCCUGUCGUAUCGCCCGUGGAGAAGGAGCACAGACCUUCCAGUUGAUAACAGAGAAGAAGACAUUCUUCCUGACGGCUGACUCUCCCAACAUCUUGGAGGAGUGGAUCAGAGUUCUACAGAACAUCUUCAAAGUCCAAGCCAGCAGCCCCAUCGCCAUGGAGACCACCACCGCCAAACCCACCGUGAGGGGCUGGCUCACUAAGGUGAAGCAUGGCCACUCUAAGCUGGUAUGGUGCUCUCUGGUCAACAAGGUCUUCUAUUAUUACAGGAACCAGGACGACAAGCUCCCCCUAGGCCAGCUGCGGAUGCGUGAGGCGGUGGUGGAGGAGGUGGACAGGUCAUGUGACUCUGACGAGGACUACGAGUCCAGUGGGCGUGGCUUCUUGUCAUCUCACUGUACCCUAGUGGUCCACCCCAGAGAGCAGAGCCCCACCUACCUGCUCAUAGGGACCAAGCAAGAGAAGGACACCUGGCUGUACCACCUGACAGUCGCGGCAGGCAGCAGUGCCAGCUUCAAGGUGGGCACAGAGUACGAGCAGCUGGUCGGGAACCUCCUAGACGUAGAGGGAGAUCCAGACUCUGCGUUGUGGAGGAGUGAGUCUCUAUGUUUCUGUAAAGACGGCCUGCGCUCCCCUCUCACCACUCUACCCUCUGAAGCUCUGCAGACUGAAGCCCUCAAACUCUUCAAGUCCUGUCAGCUGUUCAUCAACGUACUGGUGGAGUCUCCCUCCAUUGACUACCACAUGUCCCUGGCCCAGAAUGCAUUGCAGGUGUGUCUGACGCACCCAGAGCUCCAGAACGAGAUGUACUGUCAGCUGAUUAAACAGACCAACCGCCGCACACCACACAACUCCUCCCUCACUCAGUGCUGGCAGCUGUUGGCUGUGUGUGUGGCUCUCUUUCUGCCUCAGCAACACUUCCUGUGGUACCUCAGACAGUAUCUGCAGCGUCAUGCAGACCCCAGGAGUGAGGUGGGGAAGUAUGCUGUGUACUGUCAGAGGUCUGUAGAGCGUACCCUGCAGAAUGGAGAGAGAGAGGCAAAACCAUCACGUAUGGAGGUCCUGUCUAUCCUGCUGAGGAACCCUUACCACCACUCACUACCCUUCAGCAUCCCUGUCCACUUUAUGAACAUCACCUACCAGGUGGUAGGCUUCGAUGGCUCCACCACAGUAGACGAGUUCCUGAGCACCCUGACCCAGAGGGUGGGCAUGAGGAAACCACACCUGUCAGGCUUCGCUCUCUUCACUGACGACCCCUCAGGGAGAGACCUGGAGCACUGCCUGCAGCCCAGCGUCAAAAUCUGUGAUGUCAUCUCCAAGUGGGAACAGGCCCUGAAAGAACUGCAUCCUGGGAAAUACGAGGGCACACGCAUCGUCCGUCUGAUGUACAAGAGCAGGUUGUGUUUCCGGGCCCAGGCUAAAGGAGAGACAGAGCGUGAGCGCCUCCUGCUGACCUACCAGGUGAAUGACGAGGUCCACCAGGGACACUUCCCUGUCAACAAGGAGCUGGCUCUGGAGGUGGCUGCUCUCAUGGCACAGGUGGAGCAUGGGGAUCUGGACCGUCCAGCCCCCUCCUCUGCUAGCUGCAGCUCUCCUCAGCCCAAAACCCAACAAAUCCUCCUACAGGCCCUGGGACGCUUCUACCCCAAGCACUACAAACAAGACUGCAGCAUGGACCAGCUCAGAGAUCUAUCGGAGCGUCUGGCCACUAAGUGGUCAGUCCUGCGCGGCUGCAGUGCCUCAGAGUGUGUCAGAAUCUACCUGACCGUUGCUAGGAAGUGGCCGUUGUUCGGUGCCAAGCUCUUCCAUGCUAAGCCUUUACCCCUGUCGUCUGUAGAGCAGUCCCAGGUCUGGCUAGCUGUCAAUGAGGAUGGACUGUGUGUGCUUGACUAUACCAUGCACCUUCUGGUCACCUACUCUUACCAAUCAGUGAUCACCUUUGGCGGUUGCCGUGACGACCUGAUGGUGGUAGUGAGCCAGACCAAAGAACAGGGUGGAGGGAAGAAGAGUGUGGAAAAACUGGUCUUCGCAUUGCCCAAACCCAAGGUCUUGGAGUUGACUCUGUUGAUGGCCAGCUACAUUAACUACUGGACGCCCAGCCUCCCUGGCCCCCCUAUAGCCCAGCACAAGUCCCCAGGACCUGUCUCCCCUCUGGGGCCCCGCGGGACCGGGACAGGGGCUGCAAAGAUGUGGAACUUAGACAGCAGACACUUCCCCUCCAUGACUUACACCACCAAGGGUCCCACUCUACUGUAAAUAUGUCAAACAACAACAACAGCAGAAACAAUCAACACCCUUGCUCCAGUUUAUCUUCGGGACAAGACGGUUGUGUCCAGUAGGCUCCUUAAAGAAGAAAACAGACUAAAACAUGGAGAAUCUACACCUGGACCUGGUCAAAUAAUAAAUGUUUGUUUUCCAUUUCAAAACAUUUUUGCAACGGUGUUUCCUACUGGACAUGACCCAGGACUGAGAAACUACUACAGGCUGUUGUGGUAAAGAGGACAUUGCUCCACAUAUGUUACUGUGGCUGUUGGCUUUGGUUCUUCUAUGUUAUCCUCAUCCCUUCUAGCCUGAAGUGGAUUCUGUUCCAUAUACACAGGACGUUUCAUUUCUGAAAGAAGAAAACAUUUACCAUGAAGAAAUGGGAGAUGCAAGAUAUAAUCAUUUGUGGUUCACUUUAUAUGAAGAUGCCGCUCUUCAAAUGUUUGAGUUUUAGUCCGUGCUUAAUUUAGGAAAAAUAUGCUAUUUGAAGGACUAUUUGAAAAACACUUGAGCCUUGAAAUAGGACCAAUACACACCCUACUUCUUGACCUUGGCUGUCUGGCCAUUAUCCACACAGCCUCAACUCUUCCCUGCCACUCGUCUCUUCCAGAUACCUGCAUCACAAAUGGUUCCCUUCUCCCUAUAUAGUGCACUACUUUUGACUAGGGCCCAUGAAGAAUAGGGUGCCAUUUCACAUACCCUCUGUCUUUUUUAAAGGGAAAAAAGCUGUUAAUCAAGGAAAGACUAUGAAUUUAUUCUGGCUCUUUGGUACUUAAUAUGGAGCUAGGAAGAAUGACCUAUUCCUUAAACGAUGGAGGCUUGAAGUGGCGUUAACCGGUUUCUGAGGGAAUCUAUUCGACUACAGAGCACUAGUUGUUGCUCACUACCUUCUCCUGACUGGCUUCUGGAGACGCCGUCGCGUUAGAAUGACGCCAUCUGACGGAAGAUACUGCAUUAAACUAGUACAAAAUACUUAGACUUAUACUCUGACAUCAAAUUGUACUUGAUUUUUUCAUCAAGCAAUUGCACAAAAUGUCUGACUUAUAGAUCACAGCAGGCCAGAGCCUGAGGAGGAACAGCCCACUGGGUAAAAACUGGUUGAAUCAAUGUUUCCACUACAUUUUAACCCCCAAAAAUCUACGUGAUGACAUUGAAUUGGAAAACUAAUUGGAUUUGGAAAAAGUCACCAACUUUUAAACUAAAUCAAAUGACAUGGUUGAAUGUUUUUGUCAAUGUCACGUUGAAUUCACGGUAGUUGACAACUCAACCAAAUGUCAAUCAAAACUAGACGUUGAACUGAUGUCUGUGCCCCGUGGGAGGCAAGGCGCUAUGACUUAUGGUACUGAUGAUGGUAACAUUCUGACCAAGCAAUGUUUUAUAACAAUUUUGACCACAUACUUUUAUUGUGAAGUACAGAGUAACAAUAUUUUUUAAGCUGAUAGAGAAGAAUAGAGAUGGAAUACAAUGUGUCUGUCCGCUGUAUGAGGCUUAGUCUGAGAUGUAUCAACUCAUUUGGUGGCAUGUUCCUACUCCUCCACUUACUACCUGCCUUGACAACCAGGGUUGGGAUCAAUUCCAUUUCAAUUCAGUUAUACUGAAAUUCCCAUGUUAAUUCCAAAUCCAGUUUUCCACAUUGCCUUUCAAUUAGAGACUUUGAAAUGGGAAUUUCAGUUAACUUCUAGAAUUGACUGAAUUGAAAUGGAAUUAACCUCCAGCCUUUUUGACAACACAGUGGAAUGUACUGUUAAUUCAGCCAGGUAGGACUGAUUUAAAUGGAGAGGUCCAGCCACAUAAGAGUGGACUGGUAUGAUUAGAGCUAUUCAAAUGUUAUUAGUGACUUGAAUUGUUUUGGAUGAAACCACUGUCUUGGUCAUUUAAAUGUUAUUUAUUUAAUUUCCUGAUAUUUUGUUGCUUUUUUGUAUGCUGAAAAUGGUUUGGCAGAACUGUUAAAUGUUGAACUGAAACAUUCAAAAUGGCCUUGACUUUGUUUGUCUCAAGUAGCUGAAUAAUUGAACUUGACAGUUUUACGCUGUAUGAAAGCUGUAUGAAUGCUGUAUGAAUGCUGUAUGAAAGCGGUCUGAAUGCUGUAUGAAUUCUGUAUGAAAGCGGUAUGAAUGCUGUAUGAAUGCUGUAUGAAAGCGGCUGAAAGCUGUAUGAAUGCUGUAUGAAUGCUGUAUGAAUGCUGUAUGAAUGUUGUAUGAAAGCUGUAUGAAUGCUGUAUGGAUGCUGUAUGAAUGCUGUAUGAAAGCGGCUGAAAGCUGUAUGAAAGCUGUAUGAAUGCUGUAUGAAAGCGGUCUGAAUGCUGUAUGAAUGCUGUAUGAAUGCUGUAUGGAUGCUGUAUGAAUGCUGUAUGAAUGCUGUAUGAAAGCAGCUGAAAGCUGUAUGAAUACUGUAUGAAUGCUGUAUGAAAGCUGUAUGAAUGCUGUAUGAGAGCUGUAUGAAUGAGGUAUGAAUUGUGAAAUAGGCAUGUUAACUCAAUGAUACAGAUUAGAGACGAUGUGCUUAGCUGUUAUGAAGUGUUGUGUUCAAAAUGAAAUUUAAAAAAGUGCAUUAUAUACAGAAGAGUAUUUGGCAUGGCUUUCACCUAUAAACAUUUACGCUCAACAUUCUGGUGAAUACUAAAGCUCUACAAUAUGCUUGUUCCUUUCUCUCGUUAUAUUUUUACACACAACUAUCCCCAGACUUUGGCAAAUGUACCAGUGUGAUGUUGCUUCAUCCAAACAGAUCAAAGUGGUAAUGAUAUUUUCCUGCCAACAGUAUUGCUAUAAAUCUUUCCUUUUUUUAAUGAUUACUCAACAACUGUUGUUGUAGUUACUCUAUUAUGACCAAAAAUACUCAUUAUUGGAAACUCUGCUAACUUGUUGUGCAUCAUAGCCCCUAGGGCAGGGCAGACGCUGGUCAGUCCCUUGUCCAUGUCUUUCCUAAUAUCACACCACUACACAGACACAGUCUCUUCUCUGAGCCUGGUUACACUACCUCAGGGUGAGACAACCCUGUUCCUGGAGUGCCACAGGUCCUGCAGGAUUUUGUUCCAACUCGGCACCACACCUGACCAACCGAGCUAAUUGAUCUGUUCAGUGAUUGCCUAAAUUCAACACACCUGGUCUUCCAGGUCAGUUAAACCAAAAACAUGACCUGGGUUGCCGACCCCUGCCCUAGGCCCCACAGUGGCUCGUCAGGAAAAAUGUUGAAGAGAGGGGUAGCUUGGCUUGUUUGACGUUCCAUUCCUUAACAUUGCUUAUGUUUAUCUCUAUUUUAACCUUCUGAGAUGUUAAAUAACAGCUUUAGCUUGAUGUGAAUUCAAAUUCAGUUUUUGAAACUCUCCAACUCGCAAAUUACAGCACAACAUAAAUUCACCAAGGGGCAUCACUUAUUUAUCUGUUUAACAGUAUGCCUAUUUAACAAAGCAGGAAAUAGGUGAGCUGGUGAUUUUUGGAAAACUCAGUAGGUCAACAAGUGUAAGCCUACUUGGGAGCAGAAAGUUGGUAAGAGGUUGAGCGAGAGCACUAGAACAAAAACACAGUAGCCUGGGGCCAUAAUAUAGUCUGUGACUAUGAGCCCUGUGAAGGUAGCCCGCCGUUUCCAUGGAAACUAACGUUGCCAAAGACAGACAUUCUCUUUUAAAAUGUGGACUUCAGGUCCCACACUGGUGUUUUAAAAGUAUGUUGCAUUGUUUGUUAACCUCUAAAGCAGGGAUGGGCAACGUUGAUGGGGGUGGGCUCAGUGGCUUGCGGGUCUGUGUACCCACAUCCAUACCCACACAUGCAGUCAGAGCCCUAGCCUUUUGGUAGUAUGAUAUCUGAGAGAAAGCAACUAACAAAAUCAAUGGGGGCCCUGGUCAGUUAUAUGACAAUGAUUAGGCUACUACAAGUUUAGAAAGCUUGCUAUACUAAUUUACCAAUCUAAAAAUGUUUAGCUGACAUGGGCUAAAUGAGUGAGUGUCAGUCACCCAUAUAACAACAGAAAACUGCUGAUGCACAACCAAAUUUCGAAAUUGCACCUUGUGUAUUCUCCUAUUCUAAAUCUCAACAGUAAAUUGGGACCCAGACUGAGU